GUCAGUCCGUUGGACGCGCACUAGUGAUGUCAUCACGCAAGCGGAAGUCCGAGAAGCGAUCGCUGGAGAGAAGCAGGGCCGUAACCAUGUACCGGACUCCGAUGCGGCCCAGACUUUCCCCGGAUUUAUCCCCGGAAAUAGACACCCCUCGGCGGGAGAGUUCGCCUGACAGGUCCAGCCGCUCCUGGUCCCGGGGUCGUUCCCCCGGAAGGCGCCGCUCUAGGUCCCGGGGUCGCUCUCGUUCUAGACCGCGUCGAUCCAGGUCCAGAUCUAGAUCCCGGUCCCGGGGCCGCUCGCACCGCUCUGGACGUUCUCGUUCCCGGCCCCGCCGGUCCCGCUCCCGGUCCCCUUACUCCCGCCGCCGCAGCCCCUCCCCCUACUCCCGCCGCGGCCACGAAUCGCAGUCCCACAGCUACAAGUAUGAACGGGAAAGCAGCGACUUGCGCCGCUACUCGCCCAGUUACCGUUCCGAUAAAGGGGCCGAUAUCCCUUCGUCCCGAGCGGACCCCCUACAGCUGCCCCCUGAGCACCCCUCCCUGACAAGUCUCAGAGCUACUGAAGGGAGGCGGAGCUCCGCAGAGCGAUCCCCUGAUAUAAGGGGACUGGGUUCCGGCAAUGUUCCUGAUAAUAAGAUGGGCAUUUACCAGGGCACUACUGACUCCCAGCUUCGGCCUGGUUAUGCCCAAACAAUACCGGGCCUUCAGGAAGAACUGAGUGAGUUGAGACGCCCCCUAGAGGAACCACUGCCAAUGCCCAAGUCCAUCCUGAAAAAGCGUGCUGAUCCUGAACAGGCGACUGGGGACCCUAAGCAGGCGGCUGGCUAUUUAAAUAACAAGGAUAUUCCAAUGCUGGGGAGUUUUAGCUCUUCGGAACCCUCUGGGGAUUCUGCCGGCAGACCGGUUGUGCCACAGGGAGCGAUCGGCAAACCUAUCCAGUCGGACAGUUUGAGCACCAACAGGAUGAACAUCCCGACUGUGGCCCCAACGGGCAGCAAUUCCGGCCCCUCGUUGUCGGAGAAUAAAGCCUCUGGGUUAGGAAAUAAAAAUGGCAGCCAGUUGUCACAUGGUCACAAAAUGGAGGAUUUCCUGUUCAGCAGCGACGCCAUGAAACUCUUUUCAGACGCUGCCAAUUCUUACAAAACAGCUGAAAGAAAAGAUUCUUUUUUGCCGUACGAACCGCCUAAAGACCAGGCCAAAACCUUAUUCCCUGUCCCUGAUAAAGUGAAAGAACCCAUGGCCGGCCCGAAGAACCAAAGGAACCUUUCAGAAGUAGACGAUGAAGAGUUGUUCCUUUACGGUGAUGAAGAGGUGAAAAAACCAAACGAAGUAUCGUCAAAAACUGCCCCUGCCAAAACCCCUCCCACCCCACCGGCAAACAACUCCAAUACCCAGGAGUUUGAGAAGAUCCAUGAUUUACUGAAAACCAUUGGUUUGGAUAUUGGUGUGGCAGAAAUUGGCAAACUUGCUGUUCGAACCCAGGAGCGGCUUCAUGGUAAGAAACCGGCUCCGCCGUCUGCCCAACCGGUGUCCAAACAGCCUCCCCAGGGUGCAUCUAAGCAGCUUCCCCAAGCAGCAUCCAAACAGUCGCCCGUAGCAACAUCCAAUCAACCGCCCCAGACAGCUUCCCAGCAGCCACUGCAACCAGUGCCCAGUCAACCUUCUAAACAACCCCCAGUGUCUCACCAAUUGGCCCAGAAGCCAUCUCUUCCAGCGCCUCCACAGAAACCUGAGCUCCAGCAUAGCGCCUUCGCAGAUUCGGGGUCCAAAACUGCUGUAUCUGUGCCCGGAGCAAAGGUUAAUGAAAGAGAGCCUCAGUCGCCCAGAAAAACCAACCAGGUGCCAAUGCCCAUUCCAGUUGUUAAAGAGAAGGCCCCCCCUGUUCCUGCACCCAAAGUAGAAAUACCGGUGCCUGCAACCACAGCCAAUCUUCAGCCAGAGCCAGCACCUCCCCCUAUCAGUCCUUCUCCUAUUACCAUGUAUUCGCCCUACCCACCCCCAGCUCAGAUGGUACCAGGAUAUGGCAUGCCGCCCUCAGUACCUCCCCCCAACUACAACCCCUACAGCCCCUACGUGGCCUACCCAACAUCCAGCUGGUCAAUGUACGGCCAAAUUCACGCCCCUGCUCACAUACCACCUCCGAGCCACAUGGUGGUGCCACCUGUUAUUCCAAAUCUUACCCGCGGCAAUCUCCGUAUUAUCGAAACAAAAGGAGACAUAAAGGUUCCUGGCAAAAGUGAGGCUUCUCCUUCUUCAAGUGCACCAGCAACGUUAACCCCCACCCUUGUAAAACCGGAUAAGGAUCGCAGAAACAAGGAGGCUGAAAAGAUGAAGGUGCUGGAUGAGCUGGAGGCUAUAAAGAAAGAACAGAGCAAACGGAAGGAGAGUCUGAACACUCUGGUUGCAAAGGUAGAGCAGCUUCGACUCCAGCAAGGGGUCCUUCUAAGAAAAAAGCAACGGGAGAAAUACGGGCACAAGGAUCCUCUCCUGGAGGAGCUGAACUCCGUACUAGAUAGCGCACAGAAGCAGAUAAAGGCCCUGGAUUUGGAAAUAGCCGAGGCCAAUAAGAAGCAGCAGCAGCUUUCUAAAGUGGCAGAGAUCCUGGGUAUCAAACCACCCGAUCUGGCUGAAAAACAUUCCUCUGAAAAGACUUUUACAAAGAAGGAAAAAUCCCGCAGUCCUCCUAGUCCUGCGCGCUCCAAGGGCUCUGACUCCGACCCGAAAUCCACCUCUGACUCUAAGGGAUCCUCCUCCAAGACCAGCAGUGACCCACCGACUAAGGAUUGGGAGAAACACAGCAGUGACGUUGGAGUCAAGUACAAAGAUGUUAAACAUAGCAGCGAGUCGAGGUCCAGGGGUUCUUCGAGCUCCUCGAGCAGCAGCGGAAAGGCUGACAGACAUUCUAAGCACAGAAGCUCUUCCCCCAGGUCUUCCUCUGACCGACAUGGCUCGGAGUCAAAGAAGUCUAGUUCUCAGAGGUCAAGGGGUGAAAAGUCAAAGUCCAAAAGCCCUCGACCCAGUCAGUCGUCCGCUAGUACUGCGUACCAAAUCGACGAGAAGCAUUCCUUUGAUCUCUCCGAAUUGUUUGAGUAUUACGAUGGUGGAAGCCAUUGGUGCGAGAAAUGCAGCUCUGUCCAUAUAACGCUGGUUGAUUUCUUGUUGCACUUGCAUGGCACAAAGCACGCGGAGGCAAGUGGUAAGAAAGAAAAACGUCCCUGGGCCAAGGAUAGCGCCCCCAAGAGGAAGCAGCGUGGAAAACAGACCAUUUCUCUUCCGUUCAGAGGCACAGAGUUUCUGCUUCCUACCAAUGCCUACUACUGUGAGCUGUGCGAUGAGCUGUUUGCAGAUCAAGGCGCCGUAGAGGGCCAUAUAAAAUCAUUUGGUCACAAUAAUAAAUAUAAGAAACAUACGGAGGACAACCCGACCUAUGAACGAGUUAGACAGGAAAUGAAGAAAACUAGUCUGGCGAGUUUGGCUGCCAUUCAAGAGACCGAACGGAAGCAACAGAUAGAGCCAAAGCGGAAAGUAGAGGAGAUUGGAAAUGAUAUUAACCAAGAGAAUAAAUCCAAAAAGUCCAAAAAAGACGAGGAAGAGAGUCAUAAACGAAAGCCCAACGAACCAGUUAAAUCAGAGCCCAAGCAAAGUGCUAAACCAGAGAAAGAGAUUCCUGCUAAAACCCCGACGUUUGGCAAGUUCACCUGGAAGGCACCUGAGUGCAAAAGCCAGACAAGUACGGCUUCGGCUAGUGCUUCUACCGCAUCGAAAGUUGAAAGCCCUGUUAUUAUUCAGGAGAAGCCUAAAGAGGAGGAGAGUAACGGUCCUCCAGCUAAGCAAAAGGCAAUUGAAAUAAAACUAUUGGGUAAACCUGCUACUUCACAAGGAAGCGGCUGGCCCUCUUCAUCUAGUAAAUUGGUAACUUCUACUUCACCGACGUCUAUUACACCGGGGUCACUGCGACCCAACUUGCCCAUUCCUAUGGCAGUUCUUAGGAAGACCAGUAGUACAGCUCCUGUAAGCAAGCCGGCCCCUCUCAACACCUUUUUAUCAAUAAAAUCUUCAAGUUCUUCUUCAAAACCGCUGCCAGUUUUGAAAUCGAAACCUGAGGGAGUGUUACCACAGGAAGUGAUUUCCAAAGCAUUCGGAGGCCAACAGGUUAUCCUGAAGGAAACAGACAAUAAGCAGGAGGAGAACCCAAAUAAAUCUGAGCCUGAGACUAAAAAGGCAAGUGAAAUUAUUCCAGAUAAGAAUGCUGAGAAUGUGAAGACCCCUACAUCAAGCAAUGAAAAAGAAACUCCUAAUUUGUAUGAUGUAUUUUCCAAUAAACCUGAGCCAAAUCCUAGCAAAAAGUUGGUUCCGUAUUCUCCAGACAGAAUAGAUCUUAAAUCAAUCGGUCCAAGCAAUGAACAGAAAAAGGUGGAAUGUCCUCCUGAGAGUUCGAAGACUCCGCUGGUACCAGAGAAAGCUACUGGCACUUCCAUCGGCAAGACGGUCCCUCUUUCAAGCAGUACAUCCAAGGAUCAAAAUGAUCCAAAAAUGAAAGAUAUCUCUCUAGGUUCUAGCGGAAAGCCCCUUGUUCAAGUGCCCAGUUCCGUGGCAGCUCCUAGUACAACAGGUUCUAACAGUAAUACUGGUAAAACUGAAUAUAAAUCGGUGUCGGGAAGCUCUUCUGCAGCUAAAAAGGCCGACACGCCUUCUGCGGCUUCAAAAGAAAAAGAUGUGACUGUCCCUAAGCCUUCAGAAUCCAAGCAAAGUACCCCUGUUCCUAAGAGUUCUACCAACCCCUCAAAACCUUCAGAUACUAAGCCAAGUUCCGCAACGGUAACAUCUAAGUCCCCAAGUGCUUCUAAGGCUCAGCCAAAGUCUAUAGCUUUCCCUAUAUCUACUGCCCCAAAGAUGCUUCCUGCUAAACCAGGGUCCAGUUACAGCAGUACCACCCAGCUGAAUCAGAAGUUUAAACGGGCUCCUCUCUCCCUACCGACGUCUUUGUUCGGACAUGUGUCAGAUUUUGCCCGUAAUGAAAUCAAAAUAACCUCUACGGUAGCUCAACAUUCAAGUGCAAUGAAAGAGAGAGAUUCUGUGAAACCCCCAGAACCACCGACCCAAGUUAAAAAGCAACCAAUCGCGGCGGCUAAACCCGAGGUUAGUAAAAAGCUGCAGGAUGAACUGGAUUCGUACUAUAAAUUAAUAUCGACCGAAGAUGACCCCGAAGAUUUGACAACUUCUGAAGACCAAGACAUGGUGGCUAUGGAGGAAGCAACGGUGACUCCUACACCUGUAAAAGUAGAAGCCCCAGCAAAGAGGGUUGUUUCAGAAAUUCCAAAACUGACUGUACCCACGGUAACGCCAGCGGCAGAAGAUGUUGAUGAUUCAGAUAUGGGUUGUGAGGAUGCCCCAGAAGCCCCUGAUUCAUCCUCGUAUCCAAGUUCCUCCAUUCCCAAUCCCGUUUAUGGACAUGGGUUUUCUUCAUUUUCUUACGGAGCCCGUAAGCCACUAAUGACUGCAACCAAGUACUCUCCUAAACCGUUCUAUGCGACGGGACAGCUGGACAAGGUUCCUUCAAACAAAGUGGAUUUACCAGUAGUCGAUUGUACCACGGAGGAGGACUUGUUAACUACCUGCGACGAGUCGGAUUAAACCAUUAAAAGGGGUAAAAUGCAUUGUGUUGAUAUUAAGAGUUGAAUAGUGUUUCCUUACUCAAGGUAAAGUCGGUAUUUCACGAGGUUUGGGUAGUUUGUAUAUAGCGUUACAGUUUGGUCCUUAGAAAUUCAGUAGAUCGGUAAACGGUAUAUGGCUGUCUUUUCCAUCUUUUCUCACAGGCAUCGACAUGUCGAAGAUCAGCAGUGAAUCGGGUCGUUCUCAACCUUUCAAGAACAAGGGAAGACCGUUCUCAUGAAGGAAGUGUUUUGUUUGAUGGUGUUUGUGCUACUCACCAAGCUUUGUAUAUAUUGCAGUAUAUAAUUGUUUGUAUUGGUAUCAUUGUGCCCCGAGAUGGUCUGAUCCACGGCAUAUGGGUAGAUACCUGCCCCGAGAUGGUCUGAUCCACGGCAUAUGGGUAGAUACCUGCCCCGAGAUGGUCUGAUCCACGGCAUAUGGGUAGAUACCUGCCCCGAGAUGGUCUGAUCCACGGCAUAUGGGCCAAGACACAAUGCCCUGAAGCCUCGUUGAUGUUUAAUGUGUGCCUAAAGUUCACCCUUAAUGUGCUGUUCCAAGUGUAUAACUCAUUUUUGCUUCUAUUGUUAAAUCGUUUUUACUUUGAUCUAACACUUCUUUUAACUUCUGUUCACCUUUUUGUUUUCACAAUUAUUAUUGUAUUUAAUAGAAAGUUGGCCUGCAAAUAUUGUUACUUUAGGUCUAGUAGUAAAAAUGGCUUCAUUUCUGCUUGAAGAAUUUCAUGAUGUUUGCAAUGAGUUCACUUUCCAGCGGCCGCGUACGGACGUGCACCGAAGAGCUUAGUUUGUGCCGGAAUGUUCCGAUUUCUUGUUGUAAUAAUGUAAAUAUGUUGAUUCUGAUCUCCUUACACUUCAUGCGCACCUUCAUGUUUCUUGUUCUCAUUCUUAUCAAACUAUUUUUUUUCUCUUUAUAUGUGUAUCAUUUCAACGACUGGUUACGACCCGUCAUGGAUGUCACGGGGCAGUUGCAUUGUCAGAAAUUCUGUUUAUUAAAUGUGGACUUGCGGCACCUACGGAGGUUUCCUUUACUCGCAGUUCUGUGAUUGGACGCUGACGUAAAUGACAUCAUUCGCUGUCCCGUUGGACUGCGCUCGCUUUUUGUUUAAUUGAUGUGCCCUGAAUGGUAGUUUAGUUCAUUGCAUCUGUUGGAAAUGAUCGCUGCCCCUGAAUGUGAUGUUCGGUAUAUUAUUUUUAAUAAAAUUAGGUGAUCCAAAA